GAUGCGCGUGCAUGAGCUCUGCACCGCUCGGGCGCAGGAAGCGCCCCCGCUCCGCCGCCUCCAUCUUCCCGGGCAGCCGGACCUCGCCGCACGGCCGCGACAGCGAGCGCCGGGGCAGCGGCUGCGAGGGCGCCUACGAGACCCAGAGAGCCCUGGAGGACUGCAAGAUGCUUGUCCAGGAGUUCAAUACCCAAGUGGCUCUAUAUCGGGAGCUGGUCAUUUCCAUUGGGGAUGUUUCAGCCACCUGUCCAUCUCUGCAUGGGGAAAUGCACAAAACUCGAACCCGAGGAUGUGAGAUGGCCUCUCAGGCUCAUCAAAAACUAGCAGCAAUUUCUGGCCCUGAAGAUGGUGAAAUUCAUCCUGAAAUCUGUAGACUAUACAUCCAGUUGCAGUGCUGCUUAGAAAUGUACACAACAGAAAUGCUCAAGUCCAUAUGUCUGCUAGGAUCACUGCAGUUUCAUCGGAAAGGGAAAGAACUUUGUGCCCCACCUAAAAUUCUAGAUACUAAAGCGGAGGAGAGUUCUGAAGUACCUAUUUUAGAAGACACAUCAUCUCCAACAGAUAUUCAGCAGCAUUUAUGGCAGGUUUCCACAGAUAUUGAAAACACUGAAAGAGACAUGAGAGAAAUGAAAAACCUUUUAAGUAAACUCAGGGAGACCAUGCCUUUGCCACUGAAAAAUCAAGAUGACAGCAGCCUCCUAAACUUGACUCCAUAUCCAUUGGUAAGAAGACGAAAGCGAAGAUUCUUUGGACUCUGCUGUCUUGUUUCAAGUUAGAAGACUAAGUAGAGAAGCAGCAAGAAAAUCACAACUUUGUUUAAACCCCUAUUAUUUUAUCAGUGGAAAAAUGAACAUUGCUAGUCUUGAUUAUAAAGUACAUUUUCUACACUAGCCUAUCCCUUUUCCCCUUCUGCUCCAUCCCCCUUCUCAAAAUAAACAUUUUAAUAGUUUAAAGCUAAGGAUGUGCAAAACCCAGCUGUGGAAUAGAUCUAGCAUAACUAAGAAUGUUUCUAAAGCAUUGUAAAACAUGUUUUGCAUGAUUAAUUUCAGCCACUCACGGAAACAUGAAUUAUGGUUGAUAAUUAUAAAGUUUUUUUUAAAUUGUUUGAACUGCAGCUAAAAGUUUGUGCAUAGUACAGUACUCUUCUUAGUAUCAUAUUACAAUACUUAAUCAUAUUCUAACAGUCUUUAAGUCCUUUAAGCAUAGAAAAAUAUUAAACAGCAAAAGCAUUAAAGUGUAAAACAGUUAAUCAAUAUUGUAACAGAAUUUGCACAAAAUUUCUAGUUGCUUUUUGCGCUCUCAUUCAUAUUUAGUCUUCCUCUAUAUCUCAAUUUAAAAGCUUCGUAGAAAAAAUCUUAAUUUAUGAUACACAAACUGCCUAUGAAGAUACUUAGCACUUGUAAAUACAGAGGAAUCAUUAUAUCUACAUACUGUACAAUGCAUAGAAGCAGCAAAUUUCCCUUUUAGCUGAUACAAGCUUUUGGAAAAAAAUAUUAAAAUAAAUCUGUAUUAAAAUAAAACCAAGGUGUAUUAAAAUGUAAACCACUUACACCAGCUUAUUUUGUGUCCAGUAGAAUUCAAAGCAUGGUGUCUGCAUAUCACUAAGUAUUAACUCUUACAGGGCAUGCCAGAAUUACUCAGACUUUAAGAUAUUAAAUGUUUUACAUUCCUUAAUAAAUUUUUAUUU